AAAGCUUUGUGUAUGUCUAUUUAAGUGUGUCUGUCUGUGAAGGCGUAGAUGGGUGACAAGAUUCUCUUGAAUUUAUCUAUAAAUAUGCAGUAGUGAAUACGAGUAACUUUCAUUUAAAUGGCAGUUAGUACUUUGUGCAGAGUCUAUCGACAAUCAAUAAAAUGCUUACGCAGUGUGCCAUCAGUGCAAACUAAAAUCCCCUCCAAGUUUUAUUCUACUGAAAUUAAAAGUGACCACAAUAAUAAUAAUCAAUCACCUGUGAAUUCAUGGAAUGAAUGGGAUCCUUUAGAAGAGAUAAUUGUUGGUACACCAGAAUAUGCUACUGUACCACACCUACUUCCUGAAGUGAAGCCAUGUGCUGCUGUUAAUAAGCAUGAUUUCUAUAUUAAAAAUGGUGGUAAAUAUUGGGCGGAUGUCAUACCUAAAGAACACUGGCAGUUAUUGUGUAAACAAGUUGAAGAAUUUGUCAAGAUACUUGAACUUGAAGGGAUCAAAGUUGUACGACCUGAUCCAGUAGAUCAUAAAAAAUCGUACAAAAUCCUUGAUUUUGAGUCACAAGGUUUCUAUGCUGCUAUGCCAAGGGAUUUCUUAUUAAUUGUUGGCGAUGAAAUGAUUGAAGCUACAAUGACUUGGCGAUCAAGAUAUUUUGAAUUUUUAGCCUAUAGACCGCUUCUUUUGAACUAUUGGAGACAAGGAGCUAAAUGGACUGUAGCGCCAAAACCAACCAACUUUUCUAAGCUGAUAAUCGAUACGCCUCUUCCAAGUAAUGACGGAAAGGUAACUACCGAAAGUGAACCAUGUUUUGAUGCUGCAGAUUUUAUACGUGCUGGACGUGAUAUAUUUGCACAAAGAAGUCAGGUUACAAAUUUGUCAGGAAUUGAAUGGGUAAGAAGACAUUUAGCACCUCGUGGAAUAAAAGUUCAUCGACUAUCGUUUGAAGAUCCAAGACCAAUGCAUAUUGAUGCAACUUUCAGUCUAGUUAAACCUGGCAUUGCUAUACAAAAUCCUGACCGUCCAUGUCAUCAAACUGAUAUUAUAAGAAAAGCAGGUUGGCAAGUAAUUGAUGCACCUUACCCACUAAUGAAAAAAGAUCAUGAUAUGUGGCUUGGAUCGAAUUGGUUGUCUAUGAAUGUUCUAAUGCUGGAUCCUAACCGAGUAAUAAUAGAAUCCGAAGAGACUGGAAUGCAAGAAUUAUACAGAAGUUUUGGUGUAAAACCUAUUCCAGUUAAACUAAGACAUGCUAACUCCAUUGGUGGAGGAUUUCAUUGUUGGACGUGUGAUAUAAGAAGAAAAAGUAAACUAGAAUCCUACUUUGAUUGGUCAAAAGGUGAAAUACCAUCAAGCUGAAACAAAUGUGUACAAAGCAUUGAAUAAAUCAAAACUCUGCUUUUUGUUUGCUUUUUAUAAAGAAGAACAUGUAAACUUAGGAAUAUUGAAUAACUUCUAGCACUAUUGAUUGACGUUUUCUAAGAUUUACAUACGGAUUCAGGAAUGUACGGUAUUUGCAUUUGUUAUUGCACAAUACACAGCAUUUUACUGGAUCCAACAAUCAUCUAUUAAAUUCCCUUAUAAAAAUGUCUAGCGAAUAUUCUUUCUUAUUCUAAUACAGUGUAUUUGAUUUGUGAAUUUCUUUUUGAUCGCCAAAUUAGUGGGGUUUUUGGCCAAAA